ACCUGUUUGAAGCCCUUUCAGAACUUAUCAUUUUGACAGCAAGUCAUUGCUUACAUGGGAAAGAAAUAAGAAGCUUACUGAAUGAGAAGGUGGCUCAGCUGUAUGCCGAUUUGGAUGGGGGUUUUACUCACGCUGCCUGGCUUCUGCCAGGUUGGCUACCUCUGCCGAGCUUCAGACGUCGAGAUCGAGCACACAAAGAAAUAAAGAAUAUUUUCUACAAGGUUAUACAGAAACGUCGAAAGUCUGAGGAAAAGGAAGAUGACGUUCUCCAAACUCUACUUGAUGCUUCAUACAAGGAUGGCCGUCCACUGACAGAUGAUGAAAUUGCUGGAAUGCUUAUCGGGUUGCUCCUAGCGGGGCAGCACACUUCCUCCACCACCAGUGCCUGGCUUGGCUUCUUCAUAGCCAGAGACAAAUCAAUACAGGAACAGUGCUAUGCAGAACAAAAAGCAGUUUGUGGGGAUGACUUGCCACCAUUAACUUAUGACCAGCUCAAGGAUCUCAGUUUGCUGGAUCGCUGUCUAAAAGAAACUUUAAGGCUUAGACCUCCUAUAAUGACCAUGAUGAGAAUGGCCAGAACUCCCCAAACUGUUGCUGGAUAUAAUAUUCCCCCCGGCCAUCAGGUCUGUGUAUCUCCCACUGUUAACCACAGACUCAGGGACACCUGGAAAGACGCUCUAGACUUCAAGCCUGACCGGUACCUCCAAGAUAACCCAGCAGCUGGAGAGAAAUUUGCAUAUGUUCCAUUUGGUGCUGGCCGUCAUCGCUGCAUUGGAGAAAACUUUGCUUAUGUUCAGAUUAAGACUAUUUGGUCUACUUUGCUUCGUUUGUAUGAAUUUGAUCUCAUCAAUGACUAUUUUCCGACUAUAAAUUAUACAACAAUGAUACACACACCUAAUAACCCCGUUAUCAGAUAUAAGAGGAGGUCACUGUAAAUUCUGGAGCUAAAACCUUAUUAUUUAAGUUGUGUAAACUAACUUUUGAAUAAAAUUGUGACAAAAUGAGUGGCAAAUGGAAGCUGUUGCAUCUACUUUUAGGAAAGCAACAAUAAUCUACCAAAUGCAUCUGUUUUGUUUGCCCGCACCAUUUAAUGCUGCUGUGUAUAACUGCUUGUUCUACAAAUUUCUCAUUGCAUUUUUAAAGAAAA